AUGGCUUCCUUUGAUUUCAAGCAGCCCAAGCUGAAAAGCAGCGAAGCCUUCCCCUUCGUUUUUGUGAGGGACCAUUGGGAGACUAAGGAGAGUGUGCGGGAUAGCUGCGAGAACGCCCUCAAUAAUUUGAACGCGGCGUGGCACAACGGCAGUUGGCCCUUAAGCCAGCAAGAAUACCGAUAUAAUGUUUCAAUUUUGGAGAGGACAAUAAGCAUCCUAACAACCGACAUCAUUGUGCUUCACACAUCCUUUUACGAGAUAUGUGGAAGAAUCAUGGACUGUACUACUUGGGGGGAAAACGAAGAUACCCAGCACUGGUCGCAUCUUACCUUGUCGUACCUUGACUCGUUGAUCACACUCUACAAGACGCCACAGGGAGCACGACGUGCUCUCUUUACGAAAAGAGACAAAAAGACCCGGGAUUGGUUUCGAGCAGACGUGAUUGAGGCGUACGACGCCUUAAAUGCAGGAGGUGGAGUAUGGUGUGUAAUCACUGGAAGACAUUUUUAUCCCAGCCUUGUCAAAGCCGCCCAAAUUGUCAGGUAUAAAGUGGGUGAAGUGACAGCUGCACACCUGUUCGGGCCCCCAGACUCCAGGGACGGUCAUUUAGGGGGAGCCAAGAAUGCGUUCCCGGUCUUCGGAUAUUAUGAAAAGCUGCUUGACGAUGGCAGAUUGGUCAUUGUGCCUGACACAGAAGCAGGCCCCAAUUGCUGGAAGACAAUGUGGCUACAUGACGAAGACGCGGAACGACCAAGCCAUGGCUUAGCUGAGCCAACUGGUAAAAGGCUUCACAACCGGCCAUUGAAGUUCAAAAACGACUUCCGGCCUGCAGCAAGGUAUCUCUACUUUGCGUAUUGCAUGAGAGUUCUUCGCCGCCAACGCCAUGAGGCCCCCGGCUGGUGGAAAGGUCGGUUCAGUACCAGCAGCGGCUGGGCAUCGCCGCGCGAUUACAUGCGAACGUCAACCCUACGGAUGCUUGCACGCAGAGUAGGCCACUUGACAGAGGACGAGGCCCUGGCCUUUUCAGGAGAAUCGGCGGCCGACAUUGCUGGCGUCAACGAGCAUGCGGAGAGUGUCCAUUCAGACAUUGUCUCCCAGGGGUCGAUGAAGACCCUUAUUCCGUGUCACUGGCGUAAGAACUUUGACAACCUGGAAUUUGGAACUGAUUCGGAGGAUGAGAAUGAAGAUGAGGACGAGGACGAGGAUGAGGACGAGGAUGAGGAUGAAGAUGAAGAUGAAGAUGAAGAUGAGGAUGAGGAUGAGGAUGAGGAUGAAGAUGAGGAUGAGGAUGAGGAAGAGGAUGAAGAAGAGGAUGGUGAGGAAGAGGAAGAGGAGGAAGAGGAGGAGGAAGAGGAAGAUGAGGGCUACUAUACAGAUGAUUAG